AUGACCUCCGCUCACCCAUCGUCCUCAAUUGGCCCCCGCUUUCGUCCCUACGCAAGCUCCAAGCAUCAAGUAACAAAAGGUCGCUACAUCACCAGCAACGAUCCAAGAGGCUACAUUCCUGUAUACGAGUACCCGCUAAAUGGGCAAUGGAUCAUGAUGGACAUUGACGAUGGCUACAUUCUCUGGACUGGUAUCUGGAAAGCCGACAUCGUCAAAAUGAUUGACUCUCAGCCUGACCUCGCCUCGGUCAUCCGUAGAGUACGGGGUGGCUAUCUCAAAAUUCAGGGCACUUGGAUGCCUUAUGAGGUUGCACUUCGUCUCUCACGACGAGUCGCGUGGCCCAUCAGAGACGAUCUAGUCCCACUCUUCGGCCCAACUUUUCCUGGUACAUGUCUCUCGCCUGACCAACCAGGUUAUGGUCAAAUCGUGCCCAGUACCACAGGGCGCAGGCGACAACGCCGCUCUAACCCAUUGUCGACCCCUGCGUUUAACGGGCCACAAUCAUCUGUGUCAUCGUGGUCAAGUUCCGCUCCUGCCAUGCCCGUGCCGGGUGGCCUUCAUCUCAGCUCAGCUUCGUUCCAUUCUUCAGACCUAGAUGCACCGCCAUCGCUCGCAGACGGCUAUUUCUAUCCGCCCCAUAGAUUACUUCAGCACGACGAUGGUCGCCGAAGUCCGCGACAGCGGGGCCACAACACCACCCCGUCUUCGUCAUCAAGUUCGCCUCUCGUCCAUGAGCGAUCGGUACGGUACUCACCAUACCCUGGAUCUACAACGAUAGCGGUCCGCAAGUCGUCCACGUCCACAUCGGAUUCUGUCUCAGUGGAUAUCCCGUCUCUCGUACUGCAUGAUCGAGGUGGCGUUGGCAGCAAAUUUCCGGGUGAUCAAAUAAAAUUGCCACCCAUACAGCCCCUUGCACCUCCUCGCACGAUUAACAAUCCCUCAUAUGCACUUCCCCCAAUAUCGGCGUUGGAAGACCUUCGUGGUGUAUCCUCGCAAGACUCUGCAGCUGUCUUGGAACGACUCAAGAUGGAUGAUGAGAAGAAAGUAGACCUGGAUGGGGAUCACAUUCACUGGUCGAGGCAACGAUCUGGCUCUGCAUCCACUGCCAUUUCCAGGUACGCAACGUUGCGUGGGAUAGAUUAUAUGUUUCAAUUCCUGAUACGUUGA